AUGGUAACCAAGUGCGUCGUUCUCCAGUGCUUUGUUGUGCACUUGCUCUUAAUUCUCAUCUUCCAACACCCAACAGGCAGUUCAACCUCAAUUAGCAAAUCCAUGAAUGUCAAGAAUGACAAUGAAAUUGUGACUCUAACAGAUGAAGAGGAACGAAAAGGCAUAUUCCGGCUGGACAUCGAAUCAGGUGGGUCUUCUCCAUUUCAGCUGGAUAUGGAUCUCUGGGUUUCCGUCGUUGUCUUUAGGACUGGACACCGAAUCAGGUGCGUCGUUGUCUUUAGGGCUGGACACCGAAUCAGGUGGGUCUAUAGUAGCUGUCUUCUUGCUUCCCAGUAUCUCUGGCGGUCCUUGUCUUUAGAGCUGGACACCGAAUCAGGUGGGUCUGCGUUGUCUUUAGAGCUGGACACCGAAUCAGGUGGGUCAUCACCAUUUCCUCCGCUAGACACCGAAUCAGGUGGGUCUUCUCCAUUUCCUCCUUUGAACACCGAAUCAGAGCUGGACACCGAAUCAGGUGGGUCUGCGUUGUCUUUAGAGCUGGACACCGAAUCAGGUGGGUCAUCACCAUUUCCUCCGCUAGACACCGAAUCAGGUGGGUCUUCUCCAUUUCCUCCUUUGAACACCGAAUCAGGUGGGUCUUCUCCAUUUUCUCCUGUAGAGAAUCAGAUGGGUCUUCUCCAUUUCCUCCUGUUACAUAUGGUGGGUCUUCUCCGUUUCCUCCUGUAG